AUGGAGAAUUUUGCCCUUGAAAUCUUAUUCGUACACAACCCUGAUAGACCGGCUGCACUAUUAAUUUUGGGGUCCCAUCUGAGGGCCCACUUCGAGCGUUACGGUGUUAUUGGGGUCCUCCAGAGUUCGGUCGCCAGGUUGCAUUUGGCGAACAGCCUUACCACUUUGGGACACCCUGACAAGCCCGCGCGUCUCGCUAAUCUUGGUUUGUCUCUGCGCGCGCGCUACGAACAUCUUGGGAAGAUACAGGAUCUUCAUCUCGCACUUGCGUUACAUCGCUUAGCGCUGUACCUCACUCCCGAUGGGCGCCCUGAUAAGCCAGCGCGACUGGCUGACUUUGGCGACACAAUGCGUACUCGCUUCGACCGCUUUGCCGAGUUGGACGAUCUCGAAAAAGCUACUGCCGUACACCAGCGUGCCCUCGAUGAGACGUCCGUGGGGAAUGUCGAAUACUCCGAUCGGCUCUUCAGUCUUGGUAUCACUCUCAGGACACGAUUCCUGCGUCUCGAUGCCAUCGAUGAUCUACAAAACGCAAUCGGCGUCCUUGAACAGGCUGUGAGCCAUACACCUGAGGAUCCAAUCAAGAGAUCCAUGUCACUCGAGCACUACGGCAGGUGCCUGGUGGAUCGCUUUCGCCGUCUUGGAGAGCUGGAUGAUCUCGAGCAUGCAAUUGCGACGCACGAGAAGGCCAUUGAGCUUCUGCCGAAGGAGUAUCCCGAGAAGCCGAAACGACUUGCGGCUCUUGCCAUAGCUCUCACCGACCGCUACCGAGAGCGCAGGGAGGUUUCAGACCUCGAGUGCGCGAUGGAGAUGAGAGAGCUUGCGCUCAAACUCACGCCUGAGGAACAUCCUGACAGGCCCCUACGGCUCGCGGACUUGGCCAUCUCACUUUGGGACCGCUAUCAACGCCGCGGGGAUUCAUCAGACCUCGAGCGCACGAUGGAAAUGCAAGAGCUAGCGCUCAAACUCACGUCUAACGAACAUCCUGACAGGCCCAAACGACUGGCGAACUUAGCCGUCUCACUCUGUGACCGCUACCAGCGCCGCGGGCAGGUAUCAGACCUCGAGUGGGCAAUGGAACUGCAAGAGCUCGCACUCGAACUUACGCCUGAUGAUCAUCCUAUCAGGCCCGGACGACUGGUGAACCUGGCCAUCUCUCUGCGGAACCGCUAUCGACGACGCGGGGAGGUAUCAGACCUCGAGCGCGCGAUGGAAAUGGAAGAGCUCGCGCUCAAACUCACGCCUGAGGAACAUCCUGGCAGGCCCCUACGGCUCGCGAACUUGGCCAUCUCACUUUGGGACCGCUACAGACGCCGGGGGAAAACAUCAGACCUCAAGCGCGCGAUGGAAAUGGAAGAGCUCGCGCUCAAACUCACGCCUGAGGACCAUCCUGACAGACUCGAUCGGCUCGCGGGCUUGGCCAUCUCUUUGCGAGACCGCUACCAUCGCCACGGGGACGUAUCAGACCUCGAGCGCGCGAUGGAAAUGCAAGAGCUCGCACUCAGACUCACGCCCGAGGAGCAUCCUGACAGGCCCGGUCGACUCGCCAGCUUAGCUAUAUCACUUCGGGACCGCUACGAACUCGGCGGGGAUGCAUCAGACCUCGAGAAAGCUAUCAGAGCGGGCAAAGCUGCACUCAAGUUGACACCUGAUGGAGAUCUAUAUAAGGAUUUACGUCUCUAUAACUUGGGUCUCUCACUCUCAGCGCACUUGCAGAGACAACAUAGCAAGCGGAAUUUUGACUCAGCAUUAGAUUGCUUCAUGAAGGCCGCCUCAGAAUCACUAGGCAACCCGUCGGAUCGUUUAAAUGCAGCGCUAGAAUGUGUCUCGCUGUUGUCCAAGUAUCCUGAGUUCGGCUCCACAGAAGAUUUAUUGCUCGCUCAUGCAAACAUUAUCCGGAUUUUCCCUGAGAUUGUGUGGCUCGGUCACAGCCUUGACAGGCGGUUCGAGGAGUCGGCCAAGCUCGCAUCAUUAGUGAACGCAGCCGUGUCCGCCUUUAUUCAAUCGCGCUCGAUGUACCAGGCUAUAGAGUGGAUGGAAGCUGGCAGGUCUCUUGUUUGGUCGCAGAUGUCCUCUCUGAGUAUGCCAUUGGACGACAUAUUGCCAAAUGAGCAGCCUGCACUUGCAUCGCGUUUACAGGGCGUGCUGGGAAAGCUUCGAUUAUCUGGAGACCUGCAUCAUGAGCGACUGUACAAAUCGCAAUCCCCUGAUGACCUACAGCAAGCCAGCCAUGGCAACGAAGUCGCUCACGAAGCUUCUGUCGCCUCAGAAGAAUACACUGCAGAAGCGGAUCGGCAUCGUCGUCUCGUCGUCGAGUAUGAAAGUACCUUGAAGGCGAUUCGUAGUUGUCCUGGCUUUGGGAACUACAUGCGUCCGCCGGAGAUCAAGAGUCUGAUGGCAUCCAUUGAACGUCUUGACGGGCCCGUUGUCUUCAUCAAUGUCGACACCGCCUCAUGCGACGCUGUCGUUCUCUUCCCAAACGGCGCGGUAAGGCACAUCACUCUACCCGACCUCACAGAAAGCCGGGCGCGUUGCUUGAGGUCUCGAUGGAUGCAAUGCCUCUCGUCUUCUGAUCCUCGUAGACGCGGUGCUCUACCUCCCGAUCAGUGUAUUAUCAGGGGAUGCUCGACUAUGUUUGGCUUGAUCUUGAAACGUUUAUGGACGUGGGUCGCUCACCCGAUUCUUCAAGGCAUGAAGCUCAUUGACAGAGAGUCUACACAACGACUUCCGCACGUCACCUGGUGCCCAACAGGACCCCUCACACAACUUCCACUUCACGCUGCGGGGAUCUACGAUACCACGCUGCCAGAACAAGCGCGCGUCUUCGACUUCGUAGUAUCUUCAUAUACUCCAUCGCUGUCUGCGUUACUGCGUUGUCGAGAAGGCCUAAAUGCCACGCCCUCAGAGCCCCGUAUGCUUGUUGUGGCACAGCCAGAAACUCCGAAGUUGGCCGUGCUUCCAGGUACGGAAGCCGAGUGCGCUCGACUUUGCAGGCUAUUCCCAGACAGCGUGUUCAUGGUCCACGAAGAGGCUACCGUCUCGGCUACCAUCCCCGAGAUCAGUCGGUAUCCGUGGUUACAUCUCGCCUGCCACGGCUCUCAGAACUCGACUAAGCCCACGCAGAGCGCGUUCGCGCUAUACGACGGACCUCUGACACUGUCUGCGCUCAUGAACACAGUCGCCAGUGACGCAGAGCUCGCAUUCCUAUCGGCGUGCCAGACUGCCGUCGGAGACGAGAAGAACCCGGAAGAAUCUAUCCAUCUCGCAGCGGGAAUGCUAGCCGUCGGAUUCAAGGGCGUCAUCGCGACGAUGUGGUCGAUCGGAGACGACGAUGCGCCGGUAGUCGUUGAGGCGUAUUACAAAAAGCUGCUCGAGCUGAGGAGCACGCCCGAGGCGGUUGUAGGGCAGACUGGAGCGGCGUAUGCUCUACAUCAUGCGGUGGGGGUGUUAAGGGAGCGUGUCGGAGAGAGGAGCUUUGUGAGAUGGGCUCCGUAUGUGCAUUUCGGUGUUUGA